UUGCCGUUAGCCCCUUAGCUUUCCUGCAAUCUCCUCCAAUCAGAGCUUCGUGAGUGGAAGUAAGACGCUACGUCCUCGCGCGCAACUGUGGCGUUUGGAUUCAACGAGGAAACCAGCAACUUCGGCUGAGUUUCUCGCGGUGAGGAAAAAGUUGGUGGCGCUCGCGAAACUACCAGGAUGUGUCCGCGCCUGGGGAGCAUCGGAGGGAAAGGGUACGGAAACUUUUGCUCGUGUUGCGGCUCUGUGCGGGGCCACCGCCGUCAGACGCCGCUGUCUUUCUGACUGACAACACUGGCUGCUGUUUGUAGGAUUUCCAACAUGCCACGCAGGCAGCUAACGUCUCCAAAGAUCUAAAAAAGUUGACUACAAACAGGAGGUGGCACUCGCAUUAUGGCACUUUGACAUUUUCUUCAUUUAACGCCGGUUCGCCUUUUUUUUACUAAUCUGACAAUGAUGAAGGUCAGGAGAUACUUAAGGGGGAGUGGGAGGGUCCUCGCCUUUGUGUUCAUUGCCUCCGUCAUUUGGCUGCUGUUUGACAUGGCUGCGCUCCGCGUGUCAUUAAACGACGCGAACAAUGUGCUGCUGAAGGAGCGAAUACUGAGAGAGAGAGAAAUCUUCAAGAAGUCCAAGUUGACUCAGCCGACGAGGAGGGGGUUCAAACACCCCGUGCAGAGGGAGGCCGGGGCGUUUGACUCCGACAUCAAACUGUCCCAAGUAUACAGAAAGGGCGGCAGGAAGUGGGAGAAGAAACAGUCUGUAGUGUCUUCCUAUCGAGAUAAAGCUGCCCUCCAAAAUGUCACAUCAAAGCAGCUUCCUGCAAAGAAAGCUGUAGACCUGGACCUGAAUGUGGCCAAUUUAGAGGAAAGUAGAUUAAUAGAUGCCUCUAAUAAAGGAUCUGUAGGAAGUCAGAGGUCACCAGGUGCUCAGGAUAAUAAACAUGAUCCCCUACCAACACCACAGAAGAAGCCCAGUGAGGAGGUGGACAAAUCUGUGGAUGAGCUGGGCGUAAAGACAAAUAUCAGAACUGGAUCACCGCUUCCUGCACCCGAACCCCCCGGCCAGGUUGCUCGAGGCGAGGUUAAUGGAGAAAGGGUGCAGCAGGAGACCACCGUCGGAAGGCCGGGCGUGCACAAAGUGCUCUCCCUGGACGCGACUCUGGCCCCCAGAGAUGCCAGCGCGGUGGGCCAGUUCGGUCAGGCGGCGCAGGUGGCCAGUGACGAAGACGCGGAGGUGCGGAGGCGAUGGGACGAAGGGCACUUUAACGUCUACCUGAGCGACAAGAUCCCGCUGGACCGCGCCGUCCCAGACACCAGGCCCGAGUCGUGCGCACAGAGCCUGGUGCACGACGACUUGCCUUCCACCAGCGUGAUCUUCUGCUUCGUGGAUGAGGUGUGGUCCACGCUCCUGCGGUCCGUGCACAGCGUGCUCAACAGGUCCCCACCGCACCUCCUCAAGGAGAUCAUACUGGUGGAUGAUUUCAGCAGCAAAGACAAUCUGAAGGAGCCGCUGGAUCAGUACAUGGCCCAGUUUCCCAAAGUGCGGAUCGUGCGCCUGAAGGAGCGGCAGGGCCUGAUCAGGGCCCGGCUGGCUGGAGCUGCUGUGGCCAAAGGCGAGGUGCUCACCUUCCUCGACUCCCACGUGGAAUGCAACGUGGGCUGGCUGGAGCCGCUGCUGGAGAGGAUCUACCUGGAUCGCAAGAAGGUUCCCUGUCCCGUCAUCGAGGUCAUCAGCGACAAGGACAUGAGUUAUAUGCUGGUUGACAACUUCCAGAGAGGCAUUUUCAAAUGGCCUUUGGUGUUUGGCUGGAGCCCGUUGCCAGCGGAGUACAUCAAGAAAAACAACAUGACCAUCUCUGAUCCCAUCAGAUGUCCGGUUAUGGCUGGAGGCCUUUUCUCCAUAGACAAAAAGUACUUCUACGAGCUUGGUUCCUAUGAUCCAGGCCUGGAUGUGUGGGGAGGGGAGAACAUGGAGAUUUCAUUUAAGAUCUGGAUGUGCGGCGGGGAAAUCGAGAUCAUCCCCUGCUCCCGCGUGGGGCACAUCUUCCGGGGGAAGAACCCCUACAAGUUCCCCAAGGACCGGCAGAAGACGGUGGAGCGCAACCUGGCCCGGGUGGCCGAGGUGUGGCUGGACGAGUACAAGGACCUGUUCUACGGCCACGGCUACCACCACCUGCUGGACAAGAGGCUGACCGACAUCGGCAACCUCACCGAGCAGAUUGAGCUGAGGAAGAGGCUGCGGUGCAAGAGCUUCAAGUGGUACCUGGACAACGUGUACCCGGACAUGGUCGCGCCGCUGGUCAAAGCCGAGGGCCUGGUUUUUAACCGUGGUUUAAGAAAAUGCCUUGCUGUGCAGGGAGGCUCUCUGACCUUUGAGACAUGUGAUCUCAGCAAACAAAGUCAGCACUUCAAUUACACCUGGAUGAAGCACGUUCGACAGCAGGAGGUGUGUGUGGCACACCGAGGCGCCGGCACCGGCUUGGCCCUGCAGACGUGUCACAACGUGGAGCCGGAGCUGCGCUGGUUCCACCAGACGUCCAACUCGGCCACGGCUGAGCACCUUGUAGCAGGGGUCGCCUCUCACCCCAUGUGCCUGGAGGCAGGGCCUCAGAGCGACGCUCCCCGCCUCAGCCAGUGUGAACCCAGCAACGCCUUCCAGAAGUGGCAGUUCACUCACUACCACGUGCAGUGAGGAGGCCGCGACUCUGACGCGUUCAGCGUGAGCUAUCGGCCGACCCGACGCCGCGGUGUGGCCUGUGGUCCAGCCUCAGCACUCAGAGCUAUCACCAGGAAGUGGGGAACGCUGCAGAUGCAGUACUCUGUGCUGUAAAGCAUUUGGUUUGGGAUGUGCAAUGUGUCCAGUGUUCUUUUUUUCCACUCUAAGCGUGAGCUUAACUUGACUAAAGACUUGUGCCAGAAGAAAAGAGAGCAUCUCCUUCUUCUAUCUUCUCCGCUACACAGAGAUGAACCUGUGGUCUGUGACGACAACCUCCAUGUGACGAGCUCCUCACCAAACACAAGCAUAUCACUUCACUACCAAAGAGAUGCCUCCACCUGCAGCAUAACUGCCUCUAGAUUAAGAAUAUGUUUUGCUUUGCUGGAUCUGGAUAAUGAGUGCAAUUUUGUUAUGUUGUAUAAAAUAAUAGGUGAUAUAGUUUAUAUGGGGUUAAAUGCUUAUAAAUGUGUUGAUUUUGUUGGGAAAAUUCAUUAUUUGUCUGAUUUUUAUUUUUAUGUUUUUGCCACUAGGGGGAAGUGUUGAGUCAAAUCACCCAAUAAACCUGUGCCGUGAUCUUUAUGCCUAAGAAAGUGACAUUAAAAUGACAAGACAGUUAA